CAACCAACCAUAGUCUUGUGUGCACACCCAAGCAUGGCACGAUGAUCACCGAGAAGAAGGCGAUGUGGAAGCACCAGCAGCUAUUCCUCAAGUCUCUCCAGCAGUUCUUCAAUUGCUUGAUUUCAGUUUCAAUCUGAACCUUUGCGCGCCGGGACGGAUUUUUCGUAAUUUGGUAAUUGAUCAAAGUUUCGAUCGUUUCGAUCGCGAUCGUUUGGGCAAUUUUGUGCUCGAGGGUAGAUCAAUUUUCGUUUGGUGAUUUUGCGAAGAGGGAUUUUUUUGUUUAUUUCUUGGAAGAAAAAAGUUAAUUUCUUGAAUGGACAGAGGUGGAUGGUGAUCUAACUAGAAGGUUUGGGGCUGAUGUUGUGUGGAAAGUGAGAAGAAAAAUGUGCACAAGAGAAAACUGCACAGUGAAACUCGUGUGCCUGUUAUGAAUGGUGUAGUGUGUCCAUUGUGGAAAAUGACCAUAAAUCUACCCAUACCGCAGAGAUAUAAGAGAAUGCUUCAAGCUAUGACUAUUGUGAUCGCCGUUAUCUACAUGACACUUGUCCUGUACCAAAGUGUCUCCGGUGUCAGUGAAUAUCAGAAUCUUCCACUGGUCAAUGCUGCAUCUCCGGGAGCAUCGCAAAAUGCCUCGAGUGUUAUGCCUGCAGAGGAGAAAAGUCUGUACACCACGAAAAUGACCCAGGGCAGCUAUCUUGAACUGAGUCAGGGUACCGUAACGGGCACCCCAAAACCACCCACAACUGAGUUGGAUGAUAUCUUUAUCAGUGUGAAGACAACAAAGGGGAAUCAUGACACUCGACUGGCUCUCAUUAUCAAAACGUGGUUUCAGUUGGCCAAAUAUCAGACAUGGUUUUUCACUGACACAAAUGAUAAAUACUACCAGGAACUUACAAAUGGCCACAUGAUUAACACCAACUGCUCCAUGGGUCACUUCCGAAAGGCUCUUUGCUGCAAGAUGUCUGUGGAAUUGGAUGUUUUUCUCAACAGUGGCAGAAAAUGGUUUUGUCACUUUGACGACGACAACUAUGUAAACGUACCACGUCUCGUGCGACUCCUCGAUGAAUACUCAGCCUCUAAGGACUGGUACCUGGGAAAGCCUAGCAUUUCAUCUCCAUUGGAAAUCAUCAUGGACAAUAAAUCCACGCGGGAUAAGAAGAUCACUUUCUGGUUCGCAACGGGUGGUGCUGGGUUCUGCAUCAGUCGGGCACUGGCUCUCAAGAUGCUCCCCAUCGCUGGUGGCGGAAAAUUUGUGGAGAUCGGCGACAAGAUCCGUUUCCCAGACGACGUCACCAUGGGCUUUAUCGUGGAGCAUCUGCUGCGGAUUCCACUAACAGUUGUGGAUCAAUUUCAUUCGCAUCUGGAGCCAAUGGAGUUCCUAAGGCCGGAAAUGUUCCAUGAUCAAGUCUCCUUCAGCUACGCUCGCAUGAAAAACGAAUGGAAUGUGGUGAAAAUUGACGGAUUCGAUUUGAAUACGGAUCCUAAGCGAUUCUAUUCUCUUCAUUGUCACCUAUUUCCCUACUUUAGUUUCUGCCCAAGGUGAUGGAGCGUCCAGAGCAUAGCCCUAUCCACUGGAAAGUUCAAUACUUUCCGGACAGCCAUUGCGGCAUCGUGAAUCUUCAGCCAAAAACCUAAAAAAAAACAUUCUUUGUACAUAAGAACUUUAUAAUUUUUCUUCUCAAAAGAAGGAAGCAAAAUGUUGCAAAAAGUGACUUGAUUGUCUGUGAUCUCUGUUAAGAUGAGGAAGAUGAGGAAGACGAUGUGAAAAAUUGUGUGAGAAAAUAUAAUCAAAACAGUUGAUAGAGAUAGAGAUGAUAGUUAUUUAGAUAUUUUCUGUGAAUUUGAAUUAUGUUUGUUCUCAUUAUUAUUUCUAGUCUCUUGAAGAGAAUUUUUUGCCACUAGUUUGCAUUUUGCAAAUCAUGUUAUCAGUGAUCAUAUAGAAAAUGCCCUAUGAAGGAGCUUUUAAGAAAAGUCCUCGAAAAUAUGCUGAAAACAAAUGCAAAACUAGUUUGAGAAAAUUUUUGCGAAAAAAAAAGAAUAUUGUACAUUAUUGUUAAUAUAUUAGAUUGUGUAAAGUGGUAUAAUUAAAUAUUUUAAAUGAAA